UCGUUCCACUUUGCGUUCUCCGAAGUACAAACAACAGCUGCCAGGCGCGGCGUCCCUCUUGACCUCCAGCCGCCGCUGGCUUUUGCAAGGAGAACUGCGGAAAGUUUGCAGAUUGCACAAGAUGGCAGAGUUGUCUGGUUGUUGUUGUCGUUCUGCUUGGUUUAACAGAUGGUUCUCCUCGCUAUCUUGUCCAUCUUCCUUGUGAUCUGGAUGGUUUGGACCAAGAUGGCGGACCGCUGCCCUUCUGACUUGAACCCGGAACCUCAUCCCGAUGCCGAAGAAGAACAUCAGCAGUUUUCUCCAGAGCCACUUUCCAGUGUGGAUCCAUCAGAAGACCGUACUACAGAUCCCAUACUACAGAUCCCGCACCCCGCAUCCCAUAGCAAACCCCCCAUCCCCAGUGUCCAAGCACAGGCCCCCGGCGGUGGUCAGCCGGCCCAAGCGCGGCGGGAAGCCAUGGCCAAGUUCGUCCUGGGCUCCUUUGAGGACAACUCUUCGGAUGAUGAGCUGGUGGCUGGCGCUCUCAAAAUGGCCGGCCGGAAGAGGAGCAGGAGGAGCAGCAGCCUGGCCAGCGUCGGGUCCUCCUCCUCGGUGGAUUCCGCCUUGGAGGCCGGCGCGGCGACCAUGAGGCCCAGCAUGUCGGGGCUGCGCCUGACCAAGACGGGCCGAGAGCAGCGCAAGGCGGACCUCCACAGGGAUUUCACCGUCGCCUCGCCGGCUGAAUUCAUCACCCGCUUUGGAGGCAACCAUGUCAUUGAAAAGGUCCUGAUCGCCAACAAUGGCAUUGCGGCCGUGAAGUGCAUGCGCUCCAUCCGCCGCUGGUCCUACGAAAUGUUCCGGAACGAAAGAGCCAUCCGUUUUGUGGUCAUGGUCACCCCCGAAGACCUCAAAGCCAACGCCGAAUACAUCAAAAUGGCUGACCAGUAUGUCCCCGUCCCCGGCGGGACCAAUAAUAACAAUUACGCCAACGUGGAACUCAUCGUGGAUAUUUCCAAAAGGAUCCCAGUACAGGGUGUUUGGGCCGGUUGGGGCCAUGCCUCCGAAAACCCCAAGCUCCCCGAAUUGCUCCACAAACAUGGGAUCGCUUUCCUAGGUCCGCCCAGUGAAGCCAUGUGGGCCUUGGGCGACAAAGUGGCGUCCACCAUCGUGGCGCAGACCGUCCGGAUCCCCACCUUGCCCUGGAGCGGAAGUGGGCUGGUGGCCGAAUGGGCUCAAGAGGAGAGCGGUCAGCCAAAGACCAUCACCGUCCCGCUGGACACCUACCGCCAGGGUUGCAUCAAGGAUGUGGAGGAAGGCUUGAAGGCGGCGGAGAGGGUCGGCUACCCAGUGAUGAUCAAGGCCUCCAAAGGCGGAGGCGGGAAGGGGAUCCGGAUCGCGGAAGGCGCCGAAGGCUUCCCCGCUCGCUUCCGGCAGGUCCAAAGUGAGGCUCCUGGAUCUCCGAUUUUCGUGAUGAAGUUCCUGCAGCACGCGCGUCACCUGGAGGUCCAGGUCUUGACCGACCGUUAUGGGAAUGCCGUCUCCUUAUUCAGCCGCGACUGCUCCAUCCAGCGGCGCCACCAGAAAAUCAUAGAAGAAGCCCCGGCCUCCGUGGCACCACCCUCCGUCUUUGAGUACAUGGAGCAGUGUGCCGUGCGCCUCGCCAAAAUGGUGGGCUACGUGAGCGCGGGAACGGUGGAGUACCUCUACAGUGAAGACGGGAGCUCUUACUUCUUGGAGCUGAACCCUCGGCUCCAGGUGGAACACCCUUGCACUGAAAUGAUUGCGGACGUCAAUUUACCUGCGGCCCAGCUCCAGAUCGCCAUGGGGGUCCCUUUGCAUCGGGUGAAGGACAUCCGCACCCUUUACGGGGAGCCUCCAUGGGCCGACAACCCCAUAUCCUUCGAGAACCCCAGCAGCGUGCCGGCGCCGAGGGGCCACGUCAUCGCUGCCCGGAUCACCAGCGAAAACCCCGAAGAGGGUUUCAAGCCCAGCUCUGGUACGGUGCAGGAGCUGAACUUCCGCAGCAACAAGAACGUCUGGGGCUACUUCAGUGUGGCAGCUGCCGGGGGUUUGCACGAAUUCGCCGAUUCCCAGUUCGGACACUGCUUCUCCUGGGGGGAGAACCGCGAGGAGGCCAUUUCGAACUUGGUGGUAGCCCUGAAGGAGCUCUCCAUCCGCGGGGACUUCAGGACCACCGUCGAGUAUCUGGUGAAGCUGCUGGAGACGGAGAGCUUCCAGAACAACGAGGUCGACACCAGUUGGCUGGACCACCUCAUUGCAGAGAAGGUGCAGGCGGAGAAGCCGGACACCAUCUUGGGCGUCGUGUGCGGCGCACUCAACGUCGCCGACGCUGCAUUCCGGACCUGCAUGGAUGACUUCAUGCAUUCGCUCGAACGGGGUCAAGUGCUACCAGCAGCUUCCCUUCUGAACAUUGUGGACAUGGAACUUAUUUAUGAAGGCGUUAAAUACACGUUGAAGGUUGCACGCCAGUCGCUGACCACUUAUGUGAUCAUAAUGAACGGGACCCACAUUGAGAUCGAUGUGCACCGGCUGAACGAUGGCGGCCUUCUCCUUUCAUACAACGGCAACAGCCACACCACGUACAUGAAGGAAGAGGUUGACAGGUACCGCGUCACCGUCGGCAACAAAACCUGUGAUUUCGAAAAGGAGAACGACCCGACGUUGCUUCGGUCUCCGUCAGCCGGGAAGCUGCUUCAGUACAUUGUGGACGAUGGGAGCUACGUCUCCGUGGGACACAGCUAUGCGGAGAUAGAGGUCAUGAAGAUGGUAGUGACCUUGUCGGUGGAGGAAUCUGGGAUCAUCCGUUACGUGAAACGCCCCGGGACGCUGCUGGAGGCGGGCUGCGUCAUUGCGAGGCUUGAACUGGAUGACCCCGGCAAAGUCCACCCGGCCCAGCUGUACAUGGGGGGUCUUCCUCCCCAGCACCCCGUCCCGAUCCUCGGGGAGAAGCUGCAUCAGGUCUUCCACAACGUCCUGGACAGCCUCCUGAACGUGAUGAACGGCUACUGCUUGCCGGAGCCCUAUUUCGGGACCAAGGUCAAAGAGUGGGUCUGUAAGCUGAUGAAGACCCUCCGUGACCCGUCGCUCCCGCUCUUGGAGCUGCAGGAGAUCAUGACCAGCAUUUCAGGCCGGAUCCCUCCGUCGGUGGAGAAGUCAGUCCGGAAAGUGAUGGCCCAGUACGCCAGCAACAUCACCUCCGUCCUCUGCCAGUUCCCCAGCCAGCAGAUCGCCAGCAUCCUCGAUAGCCACGCCGCCACUUUGCAGCGCAAAGCCGACCGCGAAGUCUUCUUCAUGAACACACAGAGCAUCGUGCAACUGGUUCAGAAAUACCGCAGCGGCAUCCGAGGGCACAUGAAAUCCGUGGUGUUGGAUCUCUUGCGGAGAUACUUGCAAGUGGAGACUGAAUUCCAGCAAGCUCACUACGACAAAUGCGUGAUCAAUCUUCGGGAGCGUUACAUGCCGGACAUGACGCCAGUCCUCGAAUGCAUCUUCUCCCAUGCGCAGGUGGCCAAGAAGAACCUCCUGGUGACGAUGCUCAUCGACCACCUUUGCGGCAGGGACCCUACCUUGACGGAAGAGCUGGUGGCCAUUUUGAACGAACUCACCCAGCUGAGCAAGACGGAGCAUUCAAAAGUGGCCCUGAGGGCCAGGCAGGUGCUGAUAGCGUCCCACCUGCCUUCCUACGAACUGCGGCACAACCAGGUGGAGUCCAUUUUCCUCUCGGCCAUCGACAUGUACGGACACCAGUUUUGUCCCGAGAACCUGAAGAAACUCAUCCUUUCGGAAACCACCAUCUUCGAUGUCCUGCCCACCUUCUUCUAUCACGCCAACCAAGUCGUCUGCAUGGCGGCCCUGGAGGUUUACGUGCGUCGGGCGUACAUCGCGUACGAACUGAACAGCCUCCAGCAUCGCCAGCUGGCGGACGGCACUUGCGUGGUGGAGUUCCAGUUCAUGCUGCCCUCCUCUCACCCAAACAGGAUGUCCGUCCCGGUCAGCAUCUCGAACCCAGACCUGGUGCGCCACAGCACUGAGCUCUUCAUGGACAGUGGCUUUUCUCCUCUCUGCCAGCGCAUGGGUGCAAUGGUGGCUUUCGACAGAUUCGAAGACUUUGCCAGGAACUUUGACGAAGUCAUUUCUUGCUUCGCGGAGCCUCCGUCGGAGAGUCCGCUCUUUAGCGAAGUGCGGUCCACUCUCUAUGACGAAGAGGACAACAAGAGCGUCCGGGAGGAGCCCAUCCACAUCCUGAACGUCGCGCUGCGCUUUGCGGACCGCCACGAAGACGAGGAGCUGGUGCCCGUCUUCCGAGCCUUUGCGCAGUCUAAGAACAACAUCCUCGUGGAUUAUGGGCUCCGGAGGAUCACCUUUUUGAUAACUCAGCAGAGGGAAUUUCCCAAGUUUUUCACUUUCCGUGCCCGAGACGAGGUGAGCGCCGCACGUUUUUUCGACCGCUUAUCGCCACUUGGAGCGUUGGCCUUCCAGUUGGAGCUGAACCGCAUGCGCAACUUCGACCUGGUGGCGGUGCCUUGCGCCAACCACAAAAUGCACCUCUACCUGGGCGCCGCCAAGGUGGAUGAAGGCGCGGAGGUCACCGACUACAGGUUCUUCAUCCGGGCGAUCGUCCGCCAUUCCGACCUGAUCACCAAGGAGGCCUCCUUUGAGUAUUUGCAGAACGAGGGCGAGCGGCUGCUCCUGGAGGCCAUGGACGAGCUGGAGGUGGCCUUCAGCAACACCAGCGUCCGCACCGACUGCAACCACAUCUUCCUCAACUUCGUCCCAACCGUCGUCAUGGACCCUUCCAAGAUCGAGGAGUCAGUGCGCUCCAUGGUCAUGCGCUACGGGAGCCGCCUGUGGAAACUCCGCGUCCUGCAAGCUGAGGUGAAGAUCAACAUCCGUCUGACGCCAACAGCGCAAGCGGUUCCCAUCCGCCUCUUCCUCACCGACGAGUCCGGAUACUACCUGGACAUCAGCCUCUACAAGGAGGUCAACGACCCCAGGACCGGGAGCAUCAUGUUCCACUCCUACGGCGAGAAGCAAGGCCCGCUGCACGGGAUGUUGAUCAACACACCGUACAUGACGAAGGACCUGCUCCAGGCCAAGCGCUUCCAGGCGCAGUCCCUCGGCACCACUUAUGCCUAUGACUUUUUGGAGAUGUUCCGGCAGGCGCUGUUCAAGUUGUGGGUCCCCAUGGAGCCGUGCCCCACGGACGUCUUGACCUACACGGAGUUGGUGCUGGACGCUCAGGGACAGCUGGUCCAAAUGAACCGACUGGCCGGCGGGAACGAGAUCGGGAUGGUGGCCUUCAAAAUGAAGCUGAAGACCCCCGAAUACCCCAAAGGCCGUGACGUCGUGGUCAUCAUCAAUGACAUCACGUACAAGAUCGGGUCGUUCGGGCCCAAGGAGGACCUCCUCUUCCUGCACGCAUCAGAGCUGGCACGAGCCGAGGGCAUCCCCAGGAUCUACAUAGCGGCCAACAGUGGUGCACGCAUUGGGUUCGCCGACGAAAUCAAACACAAGUUCCAAGUGGGAUGGGUGGACCCUGUGGACCCCUACAAGGGAUUCAAGUACCUCUACCUGACCCCCCAGGACUACACAAAGAUGAGCGCCAUCAACUCCGUACAUUGUGAACAUGUCGAGGAGGCCGGCGAGUCAAGGUACGUCAUAACCGAUAUUAUCGGUAAAGACGAGGGCUUCGGCGUGGAGAAUCUCAGAGCGGCGGCAGCCAUCGCCGGCAACUCGUCCCUCGCCUAUGACGAAAUCAUCACCAUUAGCAUGGUGACCUGCCGCGCCAUUGGGAUCGGGGCUUACCUGGUGAGGCUCGGCCAGAGAGUUAUCCAGGUGGACAACUCCCACAUCAUCCUGACCGGCGCCGGGGCUUUGAAUAAGGUCUUGGGCCGCGAAGUCUACACUUCCAACAACCAACUAGGAGGAGUGGAGAUCAUGCACAACAACGGGGUUUCCCACGUAACUGUCCCGGACGAUUUUGAGGGAGUCUACGCCAUUUUGCAAUGGCUGUCCUACAUGCCCAAGGACAACCGCAGCCCAUUGCCAAUCAUCGCUGCAAGCGACCCCAUCGACCGAGAAAUCGAAUUUUUGCCUUCCAAAGCCCCUUACGAUCCUCGGUGGAUGCUGGCCGGGAGACCUCACCCCACGGUCAAGGGGUCUUGGCAAAGCGGCUUCUUCGACCACGGCUCCUUCCUGGAGAUCAUGCAGCCGUGGGCACAGACCGUGGUGGUCGGCCGGGCCAGGCUCGGCGGGAUCCCGGUGGGCACCAUAGCCGUAGAGACGCGGACGGUUGAGUUGGCGGUUCCAGCCGAUCCGGCCAACCCGGAGUCCGAAGCAAAGAUCAUCCAACAAGCGGGACAGGUCUGGUUUCCCGACUCGGCCUUCAAAACGGCCCAGGCGAUCAAGGACUUUGACCGGGAGCACCUCCCGCUCUUGGUCUUCGCCAACUGGAGGGGAUUCUCCGGAGGGAUGAAAGACAUGUAUGACCAGGUGCUUAAGUUCGGGGCCUACAUCGUCGACAGCCUCCGGAAGUUCAGACAACCCGUCCUCGUCUACAUCCCACCGCAUGCCGAAUUGCGGGGCGGCUCCUGGGUGGUCAUCGACCCAACCAUCAACCCACUCCAUGUGGAGCUCUACGCGGACAAGGAAAGCAGGGGAGGCAUCUUGGAAGCCGAAGGCACAGUGGAGAUCAAGUUCAGGAGGAAGGACCUGGUCAAAACCAUGAGGAGAGUCGAUGCCACCUGUGCCAAGAUCGCUCAGAAGCUGGGUUCCCCGGAGCUCUCCGAAGAGGACCGCAAGGACCUGGAGAAGCAGCUGAAGGCACGGGAAGACCACCUCCUCCCGAUCUACCACCAGGUGGCGGUGCAGUUUGCCGACCUCCAUGACACGCCAGGGAGGAUGCAAGAGAAAGGCGUCAUUACAGAUAUCCUCCAAUGGAGAACUUCCCGCACCUUCUUCUACUGGCGCUUGCGCCGCCUUUUGCUGGAGGAGGUGGUCAAGGCGGAGAUCCUCAGUGCCAACGGCGAGCUCAGCAACAGCCACAUCCAGUCCACGUUGCGGCGCUGGUUCAUGGAGACGGAAGGGGCUGUGAAGGGCUACCUGUGGGACAACAACCAGGUGGUGGUGGAGUGGCUGGAGAAACACCUGCAAGAAGAGGACGGGGCUAAGUCUGCCAUCCGGGAGAACAUUAAGUACCUGAAGCGGGACUAUGCCCUCAAGCACAUCCGGAACUUGCUUCAAGCCAACCCUGAGGUGGCCAUGGACUGCAUAAUUCACAUGACGCAACACCUGACGCGGGGUCAGCGGGCACAGGUUGCCCGCCUCUUGGCCACCAUGGACAGCCCUGCCUCAUGAUUGCGGACGGGAAGACCUCCAGCGACGAAGGCCAAAAUCAUAAAGAACAGAUCCAAGUCUGGUGAGUUCCUCCCUGCUUCUGUGUAUGGAGCAAUACUGGCGCAAUGUCAUGCAGCAUCCUCAGCAGGAGCCGCCAUUUUGUGCAGUGUUACGGCCUGCGCUCGACGGAGGACUAAACAACCUGCGGCUUCAGGGACUGUGCUUUGUUGAUGGUCAAAGCAUGACCAAGAUAAGUGUUAACGUUUUAAAAGAGGAAUUUAAGACUUUUGAAAGCAAUUGUACCAUGUGCUGAAAUUUCCUUGUACCUCAUGCACGUGAGAAGACGCCACAGUAUGAACGAAUGUAUUUGCAAGUUUGCUGCAAGCCAAAGACAGCCUUUCAGUGGGGCGAAGAAUACUCAGGUUGUGUAUGCUUUCCUGGACUUGAGAGUUUCAAAGACUUGAAAAAUGAAAUUUAGCGUAUAAAAAGGCGAAGGGGAGCGCAAGUCAAUGAAGGAAAUGCUCAGUGUUAAGCAUAUUCGGCGCAGAGCAUUGUGCGGAUUUGCACCGAUCUUUCAACGUGCAAAAUAGGUUGCGGUUGGCUGUGGGUCGUUUGGGAAUGUAUUGAGUGGAAGGGUUUUUAUACACACACACACACACACACAUUAGCAAAGUGUUAAUAUGAACAUUGCUCUUUCUCAUAGGAAGGGAGUUAGUGGGUCUGGGCACAUUGUCACACAGAAGAGAAAAUAAAAACCACUUUUUGGAUCAAGUCUGAGCAAAGUUUAUUAAAAUGGCUUUUCAUACA